CAUCCGAAUGACUGCAAAAAUUUGGACAGUUUAGUUUAAUUUUGUAUGCAUAGAUCUUGCAUAAAACAUAAACAUGCUAAUAUAUCUACAUAUCUUUGAAGCUACUUUAAUGCGGUAAUCAUUGAAAAAAGUAGUUCACCUGAAUAAUAUAAGUAAUUUUAGCAGAAAAAUAAAUUUAGUAGCUUUUUGACAUCGUUUGUUGAACAGUACAAUUUUUUCGAUAAAAAAGCGGGAUCAGUAUGAUUUUAUUACAAAAAUUAUAUUUAUUUCGUAUUAAUGUGGUGAAAAAUAUCAAUCAAUUAAUAUACAAAUAACGAGGGUCAAUGAUUUUAUAAUGCAAAAAGUCCAAUGAGACUCACUAAUUUGUAGUAAAAAAUGUUCGAUUACAGAUAAUUCUUCAGUUAAUGAAAAGAAACAGUGUUAAACAGAUUUAAUAAGUUUAUUUAUUAAAAUAUGUUUUUUACGAUAAGUGUUAAUAUUUUGUAUGUUACAAUUAUUUUUUAAAAUUUUUUCUUUGUAUAUUACUAUAAAUGUAAAUAAAAUUGUUUAUAUAGUUCUGAUUAGGAUAAACAAAUAUUGUCAAAAUAUCAAAUAAAACUAUUAAGUCUUUAAUUUGAAUAGGUUGAUAUUUUUUAAACAUAAUACAAAAAAAUUUAAAUGAGAAAAAUAUAAUAUUCAACUGAUAAAUGCCAAAGAAUUUUUGAACUAUUUUAGAUAGUGAUAUUUUUUUGUGAUAUAGAUUUAAAAUAGUCACAAUGACAAUGAGAAAGUUUUUGAUGAACAUCUGCUACAAAAGGGCAUUUAAUGUUCACAUGAUACAUACUGUACCUCCAAAAAAUCUGGUUAUCAGUAAGAAUGAAAAUCAAGAAUUAAUGGCUUUAUGGCCAAAUGUAAUAAAAGAUCUCACAGAGUCUGGACGUUAUUCAGAUAUUUUUGAUGUUCCAAAAUGGUCAAAAAAGGUACUGCAAUAUAAUGUUCCCAAGGGUAAAAUGACUCGUGCUACGGAUCUAAUCUAUGCAUAUAAAUCACUUGCUCAUCCUGAUCAAUUAACUGAUGAAAAUAUUCUAUUGGCACGAAUUUUAGCAUGGUGCAGUGAAAUUAUGCAAGGAUUUUUAGUAAUCGCAGAUGAUAUUAUGGAUCACUCCGUUACUCGUCGAGGACAAAAGUGUUGGUAUCUAGAAUCCGAUAAAGGACUGGCAGCCAUUAAAGAUGGAUUUUUAAUAGAACAAAUGCUAUUUCAAUAUCUUCAAAUGCACUUUAAGCAAAAAUCAUACUAUCUAGAUCUUGUUGAAUCAUUUCACGAAAAUAUUUAUAUGACAUCACUGGGUCAAUCAUUAGAUUUAUUGUCGACAAAUCAUGGAAAAAAACCUAAUUUAAAUUUGUUUACCAUGGACCGAUUUAAUGCAAUAGCAAAAUACAAAACUGGUUAUUAUACAUUCGUUAUGCCAAUUACGUUAGCUAUGCACCUUGCUGGAAUUAAAGAUAACGAUGUGUUUAGACAAGCUAGAACUCUACUUUUCGAAAUGGGAAAUCUCUGUCAAGUUAAUGAUGACUAUUUAGAUUGUUUUGAAGAUUCAGAGAAAACAGGAAAAAUUGGUACAGACAUUCAAGAAGGAAAAUGUACCUGGUUUGCUGUUGUUGCAAUGCAACGAGUUACUUUGGAACAACGAAUGAUUUUAGAGGAAUGUUAUGGAGUAAAUGAUCCGGAAAAAGUUGAAAAGGUGAAGCAAUUAUAUCGUGAUUUAGGAUUAUUAACGACUUACGCUAAUUACGAAGAAGAGAAUUAUAAUUUAAUUAAAACUCAUAUAGAAGAAAUACCUCGUGAAAUACCCCAUGAUUUAUUUUUUAAAAUACUGAAACGAAUAAAAAUAAUAUUUUCAAGGCCAUUUAAUAUUUGCAUGGUACAUACAGCGUCUCAAAAGAAAUUGAGUACCAGUGAAGAUGAAAAUAGAGAAAUGAUGAAUUUAUGGCCAAAUGUAGUUAAAGAUCUAACAGAGACUGGUGGUAGUUCAGAUAUUUUUGAUGUGCCCAAAUGGUCGAAAAAGGUAUUGCAGUACAAUGUUCCAAAGGGUAAAAUGACACGAGCUUCUUAUCUCAUCUAUGCCUUCAAACAAAUUGCCCAUUCUGAUCAAUUAACUGAUGAAAAUAUUCGAUUGGCACUAAUUUUAGGAUGGUGCACUGAAAUCAUGCAAGCAUUUUUAUUGAUAGAGGAUGAUAUUAUGGAUCACUCAAAGACUCGUCGAGGCCAACCCUGCUGGUAUCUUCAGAAGGAUAUUGGUCUUUUAGCCGUUAAGGAUGGAUUAUUAGUAGAACAAAUGAUUUUUCAAUUACUCCGAAAGCAUUUUAGCGAAAAAUUUUACUAUCUUGAUCUGGUUGAAAUAUUUCACGAUAAUAUUUAUAAAGCAGUAAUAGGUGAAACAAUGGAUUUGUUGUCAACGAAUCAUGGGAAGAAACCUAAUUUGAAACUUUUUACGAUAGACCGAUACUAUGAUAUAGUAAAAUACAAAUGUUGUCAUUAUACAUUAGCUAUGCCAGUUAUUUUAGCUAUGCAUCUUGCUGGAAUUAAAGAUAGAGAAUUGUUUAGACAAGCCAAAGAAUUACUUAUUGAGAUGGGCUAUAUUUAUCAAAUUCAAGACGACUAUUUAGAUUGUUACGGUGAUCCUAAAUUCAUAGGAAAAAUUGGUACAGACAUUCAAGAAGGAAAAUGUACCUGGUUAGUUGUUGUUGCAUUGCAACGAGUCACUUCGGCACAACGAAAAGUUUUAGAGGAAUGUUAUGGAGUAAAUGAUCCAGAAAAAGUUGAAAAAGUGAAACAACUGUAUCAUGAGUUAGGAUUACCAGCGAUUUACGCCAUUCACGAAGAAGAGAAUUACAAUUUAAUUAAAUCUCAUAUAAAACAAAUUUCACGCGGUCUACCUCACGAUUUAUUUUUCAAAAUAUUGAAUAAAAUUCAUCUCAGAAAUAUGUGAAACUGAAUUUUCUAUUCUACUUUAAUUAAAAUAAAUCAAAGAAACCAGCGACAA